GCUGAGACGUCACGGCUCGAGCUGUGGAACCCGGGGAAAGAGAACGAGCGUUCUGGAAGUCGACUGUGGUCCCUCCCCUCACACGCCCAGCGCCCGCUUCUUCUCAGUCAGCCCGGACGGGGAGAGCUCCCGGACCAUGGCAACGGCUCUGUGGGCCUGAGACUUUGCAUGCUGCUCGGCUGGACGGGCCGAGAAUGCUGAAGAUGAAGCUGCUACCGAGGAAAAGCAGCGCGUACAAGGCGUCGGAUGAAGAAGAGGACGAGGAGGAGGAAGAGCUGGGGAUGUAUUCCCGUCCUAGCGGGCCGCUCCAGAGGGAGUCGGUGUACGAGUGGUUCGUACAGUCGCUGGGCCCGGCUCAGAGGUUGGAGUUCGCCUGCGGCUUGUUAGACUUGUGUAAUCCGCUGGAGCUGCGCUUCUUGGGCUCAUGUCUGGAGGACCUGGCCCGGAAGGACUGUCAUUACCUGCGGGACUGUGAGAGCAGAGCUAAUGGGCUGACCGGAGAGCCCGAGCUGGGGGACCUUAGUGACCGUACCGCCCGCUCCAGGCUUAUCGUCUACCUGGCACUGCUGAGCUCUGAGAACCGGGAGGUGGCCGGCCGCCUCUACCGCCUCCUCCUAAUGGGGAUGGAGCGCCUGCUGGGGGGCUGGGAGGACGGAGAGCGCAAGCCGGCGGAGAUAGCGGCUUCUCGGGAGGAACUACUGCUGCUGUUUACUAUGGCGUCCCUCCACCCAGCCUUCUCCUUCCACCAGAGAGUCACCCUGCGGGAGCGUCUGGACCAGCUGAGGGAGGCCAUGAGCAGGAAGAGCCGCUCGGAGGGAAAUGUACAGGAAUACUUGCCAAAUCAUGAGAGACAUGUUGUAGAUGGCAGUAUAGGUACUUACAAUGGAGUUAAUACUACAACUCAUAUCCUCCAACAAGAAGCAGUGCACAUCGAGAAAAUCAGUUUUAAAUAUGUGCAGCGGAGGAGAGCUGAAAAGAAUUCGGAAUACACUUUUGAGGUCACCUGGUCCGAUAACUCCAAAACAUCAGUAACCAAGUCAUAUCGAGAGUUGGUGGAAUUUCUGUUAACGCUUCCAAAGGAGCUGUCCAAUGAACAUAUUGAUAAGACUAUAAUAGAUGCCCUACACCUAGGGAAAAGGAGGGAGGAGCAUCACUAUUCAGAUUUGGAGCCUAUAGUACAGAAAAUAUUUUCGUCCCCGUCCCAGGCGCUCCUGCGGAAUCAGAGAGUGUGCAAGUUCUUCCAUAAUAACCGGACAGAAACUGGACAUCCCAGUCAUUUUCUGACAGGCUCAAAGUUUUGUAAGACGUCUGAAGAUAGCUCUGAGACUUCUAGUCAAGAGGAAGAUGGUAUGCACCACACAACAGGCUACAAGAAAUCAGGAAAAAGUCUGGUUACAAAUUAUGUUGCUGUGAAAAGCUCAUCCGGUGAUGCUGUUCACAUCUCUCACCCUGAACAAAACGGAACAGACUGGAGGAAGAAUGAUUGUAGGGACCCUCAGCAUCCUUUGCGCUAUAUAAAUGAUAGAUACCAGCAGCGUACAUUGGAAAAAUGCAGCUCACGUUUGGUACGUCGGGAAAACACAGAAAGAAGUAAUCAGAAAGUUGAUGGUCGGUCGACAUGCAGAGCAAAUGGGAUUAAAUCAUCUCCGAACAUUCGGGUUGCUUCUGUGAAGGAUCCAACACUGGAAGUUGGGUCAGGGCAUGAAACGUGUGGAGAGACCUCUUCUGAGAGUUACAGUUCCCCACCUAGUCCCCGCCAUAACAGGAGGGAGAGCUUUGAAAGUGAAGAAGAGAAAGACAGAGACACAGACAGCAAUUCAGAGGAUUCUGGCAAACAUGUCCCUGGAUUUCCAACUUUUGCUUCAGUAAAUACAUCAGCCAAGUUAUCUGACCACCUUACUAGUAAUGAAAGUAUUGAUGAGUCCUUGACUAGUCGCACUUUUACACAGUUUCAAACUCUUUUGCCUACAUUGCACUGCAUGAUGCCAACUAACGUAGAGAAGAUGGAGCCUGGGCAUCCACAUCCGACAGAAGGAAAAACUCUGGGUAUGAUAGUUAGCCCAGCUUCUAUGCCCCCUGUGAGGGAGCUGAUUCACCAGAGCUCCCUUGGAAUUGGUGUUGCCACUGUAACCUCUGCCAUAGGGGAACCAGGGAAGUGCAUUGAUAUACUGACACCCCCAAUGCCUGUCCCUUCCACUUUUCUUCCAAGGAACUGCUCGCCCAGCAGUCCCGCUUUGCAAAUGCCAGUUCAAAGGCUAAAAGUACCUACUCAGGGGUCAGUGGAGGCCUGUACGGUUAAUGGAUCAACACAGACUAAUAUGGGUUUAGGAACUGCCAAUGCUGGAUUUAUUUCAAUUCAUAACCAUGGAGGCUUUACAGCUUCUCCUGUGACUGUUUCAGAACCUCUCGGUAAACCUAUUUCACAAGUAGCAAGUCUUAAUCAGGUAGUGCCUCAUCUGGAUGGAAAUUUGGGGAUUGCAUCUCCGGCUGCCAAUGUGAAGUUGGUUCUUUCAGGCGCUAACUUGACCCCAGCACCUUCAACAAUCCCAUACCCCCUUUCUGGACCAUCACUUCCAAGUGGAGUCUUGCCUACACCUAACACCAAUGUGCUGAAUGCUGCUGCUGCUCAGCCAACUAAUAAUUGUAUAGGUCAGGUGCAAUCUGCCGUUCCUCUCACUGUUCCUACCCAUAGCCCUGGUCCUGCACCCAGUCCAAGCCCUGCUUUGACGCACAGUACUGCACAGAGUGAUAGCACUUCUUUUAUUAGUGCAGCAGUUGGUAAUACUAGCACAAAUGGGACACUUUUAUCACCACAGCAAAUGAGCAAUGGGACAUGUGGCUCUUGUGGACGUAGAUGCGGUUGUGGAGUACCGAUGGGAAAUUACUAUUAUCCUAACCCAAUCCCUGGACAGAUGUUCACGCGAGUUCCGUUUCCCUUUCCUAUGCCAUCAAUCUGCAAUAGCACCUACCUCAACCAAGCACACCAGAGCAAUGGAACACAUUAUCCUGUCUUCCUGCAUCAGCCUCCUUAUACCAAUGGACUAAUGCAUGAACCUGUGCUCGGUGGCCAGGCCAACUAUGGCAUGCAGCAGAUGGCAGGGUUUGCUAGGUUGUACCCAAUUUACCCAGCGACCAAUGUAGUAGGCAACGCUAAUGGAUCAGUGGCUAAGAAAAAUGGCAGUAUCUCAUGCUUCAACUGUGGGGUAGCUGGUCAUUAUGCACAGGACUGUAAGCAACCACCUAUGGAAGCCAAUCAGCAAGGCACUUUCAGGCUGAGGUAUGCACCCUCCUUAAUCCCUCUCAUGAUUCUUUGGAUUCUGCUGACUGACACCAGUCCACAAAAAAUUAUUACAUGUACAUUGAAUCUACUAGUAAAGUUACCAUAUGGAAAAUUCACUUUGCUUUUCAUGAUGGGUUUAGGCGCUAGAAUGUUUACAACUUCAAGAUGACAAGAAGCCCAUUACUGUGCCAUGAAUUGUGUACCUCGAACUGAAGAAGUGUACAUAGCAUGCCUGUUUAAACAGGCCAAAGCCUUACAUGAAGAACAGUGGUUCAAUAACAUGCCUAGGAUGAUUGGAUGUACAGUGUGCUGGAAACCGAGAUGAAGAGGAAACCUAAUGUUUUGCAAAAGAUGUAAAUGUUCCUGACAUUUCAAUGACCCGUUUCUUUGUUCAAUUCUGUGACUUAUCUUUGAAUCUGUAAUGCAUUUUCUGUCUAUCGCACAGUGUCUGAUUGCGUAAAGCUCUCUGCUAUAGAUUCAAAAGUCACAGCAGAGGUUAAGUGUGUAACGAAAAGUUUGCAAUUGUAUUGAAGAUACUUUUUCUUCACCCUUCUGAGUUUUAUGUAUUAGGUAAAACCAUGCCUAUAAAAUGUAAGAGCCAACACCUCCAAGUCAAAAGCUAGCGAAGUAUCUGAAUAUUUUGUUUCAGGUGACGACUUGGAAGACAUCUCAUAACAAGUUAUCUUGAUGCAUAGACCCCCAUUUGCAUCUGCUGUUAUGUUAACUGCAACAGUUUGAAGUUUGAUAAGUAUUUUUAUUUUCUAGAAAGCAAAAUAACCUAUGUUAUAGGUUUUCUUUAAACUUAUCUGACUGCUGUUUAAUUUAGACAGAAAUGUUCUGUCUAUGCAGUCAGGCUAUGGGUUAUCAUUGUGGCAGAACACAGUGGUGCCUCUGCAAGGUAUUUCCAAGCCUAAUUUAUUUAACGCUUAAGACGUAUUACAGUAUUUAAGUAUGAGAGGUUUCAGUCAUUUAUUUUGAAGACUAUUCUUGUUAAUUGGCAAGAGUAGCAGAGUUAACUAUUUAAUUGUUCUGUUUAUCAAAUCUACCACUGACCAUAUCUCAUAAUGUGAAGAUGAUUAUUUUUAUGUUCUUUAAGGGUGAUUUUAAAGUAGUAUUUUUAUAUGUCAGUUGUCUAAACUGAAAACUGCUACAUGUAUGGUCCAUGUUAGUCUGAAAAUUGCUCGGUCAGUAUGUGGGGGGAAGUACCCGAUCACACAAGUGAUAUUUACAACAAAAGCGAAAUGCCACAUCUUCGUGAACACACACUUUUAUGAUGGAGUAUAGCGUUUUCCCAUGUAUGCCCAUUUCAUUGCUGAAGCAAUGAAUCAGAUUAAAGGAAACCUGUAGUGAUCGAAAAAUAGGAGCUGCCUUCCUAAAAUGCCAGUUGCCUGGCUGUUUCUGGUUUCCAUGUCUUUUCAAUGUCCCAGAACUAUCAUGCGGAAAUGAAAGUUGGAGUACAGUCAGAAUUCCUUAUAUGCAUUUUGUUGCAAGUCUGUGAUGAAAGGUUAUGAAGCCAUUGAUUCAGCACGAAGACCAGGUUACUAGCAAUUUCAGGAGGUGAGGUUAAUAAUGGCAGCCUUCAUGUUUUUCACAGUACUGCAUUUUCCUUAAUGUGAGGAAACAACAUAUUGUGGUCUCCACUUUCGAAAUUCAGUGUGCAGACACUAUUCUGUCAUUGCCCUUCGAGUCAGUGUCAUGUCAUCUUAAGACAUUCGCUGCUGUUUUACAGUUUAUAUAUAUAUUUUUAAAAAAAGCCAAUAUAUGCACUACAAUUUCUUGAUUCCAGGUAAUGCUUGACAUACCUUUUUGUGCACUGAGGUUAUCUGGGAGAUAGGUGUGUAUUCUGUGUCAAACAGCAGCCAUUUACCAGCAUUAUAAUACUGUUUUGUUAUUUUAUUUUUGCGCAUUCCUCUAACUUCUAUUCGCUGGAGAAUUUUUUUUUUUUUUUUUUUUUUCAGAUGCGUUUUUUUUUGUAGGUCCUAAUUAUAUUCUUUCAGAACAGGUAAAUGUAGGCUUAUUAAAAACAUUUAAAAUGGAAAUAUGGUGAAUAAGACCAUAGAGAUUUUUUUUUUUUUAAACUAUAAAAUCUUAUUGCAAAAAGUUGGUUCAUGAAUUUCAAAACUUGAAAAAAAAAAAAAUAUAUAUAUAGAUGAUAUCUUGAUUUAAACUAUUUUGUCAUUCCCAGCUAUACUGCAUCAACAUAUGAUGUUUGAGGAUGGCAAAAUGUGUAGUUGACAUAAGAAAAGUUCACAAAAAAAGCUUUAAUUUAAGAGGAAGAAGAAAAUCUUAUAAAUAUUUUAUUUGAUCUAGGUAUUUUGGAUAUGAUUGAACAAGGUGUAGUGCAAGAUUCCUCUUCGGUUAGAUUAAGCAGCAAGGAUUAAAGCAGCAAAAAGGAGAUAGGAGGAUUCUACAAUACUUCAAGAGUGAGGUGUUGCCUUCUCUUUAUUUGUAUGUUUACCAUAUUCUUUGAUAUUUCAAUUAUGUACUGGAAAGGUUACUUAUAUUUCUAGAACAGAUUUUGAAUUUUAUGCAAACUUAUUUCCUUGAAUUAACAGCAAUAAAAAAACAGGAAAGCA